AUUUUCCACUAAACAAAUACAGCGUAACUGUAACAGGCGAGUAUAGGUGUUAACCAGCCUAGGAAAUAACGUAUGUCAUCUUCUUGUCUUCUUCAGUUCCGGUCCCCCCCUUCACUUACUAAUAUUAAUAGCCCAGACCCUGAUCAACCCAAGCCGAGUUCGCUUUCAAAGUGUUGUAACCACAAAACUCAAUCAAUCCUCCUUAUUCAAGAAUGGAGAACGAGAAGCAACAGCAAAAUGAAGAUAAACGACAUCAUCAUCAAGAAGAAGAUAUACAACAACAUCAAAAACAUCAAGAAGAAGGAGAAGAACAGAAACAACAACAACAACACCAUCAAGAUGAAGAGAAACAGCAACAGAAACAGCAACAGAAAAAGCAAGAAGAAAAACAUAAACAACAAGAGGAAGCAGAAAAUGAGCAAAACCAUGCAUUAUCACCAUUUCCAUUAAGCAAGAGGUCAACUUCACCAAGGACUAUUCCAAAAGCUCAAUCACCACCAUUUGAUCAUUCUCCUGUUGAUUCUCAACUUUCACCUGAUCACUCUUCUCUCAGCUACGGCUUCUCUGACCCACCACCAAUAUCUCAGCCUUCUGACCCCAACUCCAUGCCACCAGCUGUGGCAGUUUCUACUAUUGAAGUUGAGGAGCAGAGUCAAAAACCUGGUUAUGGUACUCAUUUGUCCAUAUUAAGAAGAAUCAAGAGAGAUAAGAGGGUGAAAAGGGCAUUGUUGGGGUUUCGAAUUUCUGGGUUUGUUUUUUGUUUGGUUUCUUUCUCUGUUUUAGCUGCUGAUAAAGAUCAAGGUUGGGCUCUUGAUUCUUUCUACCGCUACAAGGAGUUCAGGUUCUGUAUGGCGGUGAAUGUGAUAGGAUUCGUAUACUCUGGGUUUCAGGCAUAUGAUCUAGCCUACCAAUUGACAUCCGGAAAACAGAAACCCCGGAGUCACCUCCGGUGCUACUUAGAUUUCAUCUUGGAUCAGAUGCUGGCAUAUCUUCUCAUAUCGGCAUCAUCAUCAGCUGCUGUCCGAGUUGAUGACUGGCAAUCCAACUGGGGAAAAGACAAGUUCCCGGAGAUGGCAAGGGCAUCUAUGGCAUUGUCCCUGGUAGCAUUUAUUGCCUUGGCCUCAAGCUCACUUAUAUCUGGUUAUACCCUUUGUACUUUCAAAUCUAUGUAGCCGAUAAUACUUCUGGGAUCUGCAUAUGAGUUAUGUAAAGAUUAAAUUGUUGAAAGGAAACUAUAUGUACUGGAACCAGGUGGCAGGAGGCAGGGUUUAGAACAAUGAAGCAUUGAAUUCUAUUCAGAAAUUUACGCUUGUUUUACUUGGAAUAUUUAUAAAACAAAGAUGUCAAAUGAAUUCAAAACAAAUUUGAGAUAUACAAGUCUAAUGAAGAGACAAUGAUAUGAGGUUAGAUUAAGGGGUGGGCUCAAGAAGAUGGCGCUGCCAUGCCAUGUCCAGGUCCAAGUACCCGCAUUAGGUCCACUUCGUUGCCUAUAAGGU